UCAAAAGAGUUGUGAGUUGGUGUUGGUAACUAUGAACAGCAUAUGGAAUAUUUCCUCUUAUCUUUUAUCAUUCUGUUUUCCUAUGACUUCUGAAACUUUCAGGUAAAUGGAAGAUUUGGAGGCUAACUUAAUCCAGACACGCAAAGCAUGCAGAAUAGAGCAAAUGGUGGCAAAAUGGCUCCAUCGCUCUCGGGACGGUGCCUCCAGGGGCAGAGUGUCUAUGACAGACAGCACCAGUGAUGGCAGUGGCCAGCCUGCCAGCCGUGUCAAACUUACUGUUACAGUGUACAAAGAUUUGGUCCUUGGUCACUAUGGCUUUGAGAUUUGUCCAAGCCUUCCUCUUACAAUUGCAUCUGUUGCAGCAGGGAGUACUGCUGAAGGGAAGCUGCAGCCUGGCGACCAGCUCCUCCUGAUAAACUCCACAGCGGUGGACGAUGUGUCUGUGGAACGAGCGGCUGACAUCAUCAGGGAGGCCGGUGACGAGCUCCUCCUAACCAUCCUUCGCUGCACAUUGGGUGGGCCCAAGUCGUCGUUUCUUACUGCAGAGAAGAGGGCCAGGCUGAAAACAAACCCCGUGAAAGUGCGUUUUGCGGAGGAAGUGCUGGUGAACGGACACACGCAGGGGAAUUCUCUUCUUUGUAUGCCCAAUGUUCUCAAGGUAUACUUGGAAAAUGGACAGACAAAGGCUUUCAGGUUUGAGACGAGCACUACUGUGAAGGACAUUGUUCUCACUCUGAAGGAGAAGCUGUCCCUCUGCAGCAUCGCACACUUUGCACUCACUCUGGAGGAGCAGUACAACGUGGCCAAGAUCCACCUGCUGCAUGAGGAGGAGCUCAUCGAGCAGGUGGUCCAGAAAAGGGAAGCUCAUGACUGUCGAUGCCUCUUCAGAAUUUGCUUUGUCCCAAAGGAUCCCUUAGACCUCCUUCAGGAAGACCCAGUUGCCUUUGACUAUCUCUACCUGCAGAGCUGCAGCGAUGUGCUUCAGGAGCGAUUUGCUGUGGAGAUGAAGUGCAGCGUGGCAUUACGUCUGGCUGCUCUGCACAUACAGGAGAGGAUCUGUGCUUGUGCUCAGCCUCAGAAAGUGUCCUUGAAAUACAUUGAGAGGGACUGGGGAAUUGAAAACUUCAUCUCACCAACUUUGCUUCGAAACAUGAGAGGCAAGGACAUAAAGAAAGCCAUCAGCUACCACAUGAAGCGGAACCAGGUGCUGCUGGACCCUCGGCAGAAGCACAUGCUGAUGGCAGUCCAGGUGCGCCUCAGCUACCUGCAAAUACUGGGAGACCUGAAGAUGUAUAAUGGGAGGAUCUUCAAUGCCACCUUGAUGCUACAGGACAGAGAAUCGUAUGUUGCCUUGCUGGUGGGUGCCAAGUAUGGGGUGAGCCAGAUUGUCAACAACAAGCUCAACAUUGUGAGGAGUCUGGCUGAGUUUGCAAACAUCAGCAGGCUGGAGCUCACUGAGGAGUCUGAGAAAGUGAGCAUGGUGAAAGUCUACCUGCAGGACCUGAAGGUGCUGACUCUGCUGCUGGAAUCAAGCAGUGCAAAAGAUCUUGUCUGCCUCAUCACUGGCUAUUACAGACUCUUUGUGGAUGCAAAUGUCUCCAUAUUUACCUGGGCAGAGAAGAGACAGCAACUGCACCGUGUGUCAGCUGAAGAAGGGUACGAAUCUCGAACUGGCAGUGACUCUGAAGACUCCUGGGAGCUUGAUUCCUCCUCAGAGCACGGCUUGGACAUUGCUACAGCAUACUGCAGCAUCCAUCCAGUGUGCCAUGAGGAGGAGCUGGGAGAGCUCCAUAGCCUGCAGGAGGAGAGCACAACACCCCAAGCUGGAGGAAGUGAUCAGUGUGAUGGGGCAGACAACACAGCAGACAGCACGUCUGAGGCUUCCGACUCAGCAAACACAGAGAGCAGGGGAUUUAAGACGAGUGGCUCCAGUGACUCUAUGGAUGCACUAGAGGAAGAUGAGUUGGAAGCUUACUUCUCCUCCAGACCAGAGAUCUUCCACUUCUACACACCUACAGUUCAGGAGAUGAGCAGCUCAGACAAGACCUUCUCCCCCAUUCAUUCUGCAGGAAGCUCCAGCAAGGCAGAAUCCAGAGACUACUUCUGUUUCUUGCAGGUACCACAUGUGGAGGAGCCUGGGUGUGAAUGCAGCCCCUAUGAGCAAAGAGGGGAGGACACUGGUGUGUCUGUGCUGGAGACUGAACUGCCUGAGAGAAACACCAUGGGCUACUACAGCCUGUGCUACAGCACAUCCCCUGCAGGUAGAGUGGAGAGGAGCAGUACCAGUCACAGCCCUCAAAGAAACCCUUGGAAAGAUGUGUCUGCCCAGGAAGAGGCACCAUGUGGAGCAGAGCCAGCAGCAGAGGCCAGUGAUCUCAUACAGGAGCCACCUCCAGGCUUUGGUGACACCAGUUCUGAGGAGGAGUUCUAUGAUGCUGCAGACAGGCUCAGCCCCCCAGAUGCCCUGGCAGGCUUCAAUGUGACAUCCUGGCAGGGUAGAGACAACUGCUCAUGCAUCCCAAAGAAGCCAAGGUGCUACAGCUCAGAAGAAAAUGUGAUGGCAAAGCAGACUGCAAGGGAGAAGGAGCUGGCAUACGCCAAGAGCCUGAGGAAGAGGAGAUCUUUCCUGCAGACUCAUUACACCUCACAGGUCACUUUCCCCUUGGCUUUGCCAGGCUCUCUGCAGAGCUGUUGCUCUUGGCCACCAACUGUCCCACUCCUUGCUCAGCCACCAGCUUCCCCUGCUUCAGAGAUCACCAAGAAGGAUGCAGACCUGGGAUGUCCUGCUGCCACCUGGGCCCAAAGAGACAGUGCUAGCACAAAUGCCUCCCCUGACCCAGUGGAAAUGGAGCCCGACACCAUGGAAACCAAGUCAGUGACUGACUUGGCGAUCUCUUCCCUUUCAGCUGUUCAGCUGCAGGGUGGCCAGCACACAGAGCAGAGUGCAGGAGUGGCCACACAUGUGGGCAGUGGCCUCCAGCCUGUACAUCCACCUUUCCUGUCCAUGGAGGAAACUCUGCUCCUUCCUGAAGGACAAAGCAGAACUGCCCAGGAAAGUUCCUCUAUGAAGACAAAUGCGGUGAGUGAGGAGAGCUGCAAAGCCACUGGAGGCUCAAUGGCCCAAGUGGCACUGGAGGAAGUGGAUGAGGUAAUGACAGCCCUAGUGGCUGGUGGUGCACCUCCACUGCUGGGCAAAGAGGUGACCUACCCUCCUAAUGGACACAUGUUGCCACCCUCAGCUCAUGGCCCCAGCAUGGCCUCUCUCCAUGAGGUGGCCCAGGACAAUACUGCUGGGAGGCAAGCAUUGUCCAAGGGGCUUGUGCCAACUCCCUGUGAAGAGAGAAAAGCCCAUGACAACAUCUGUGCUGGACACAGUAGUGACAGUCCCUUGUCAAAAAGCAGACAAGUGGUGAAGAAGGAGGCCUUCUGGAAGGUGCACAACAAAAACCAUGUGGGCUUUCCAGAGGCAAGCCAGCUCUUGGCAGAUUGCAGCAGCACUUCAGGGGUUCUAACUCGCCUGUCCUGGCUCUCAUUUGGGGUGAGGACAGACCUCACAUCACCCAGCCCAUCUCAGGAAAGGGUAGAUAACCCACAAGAGCUUUUGGCCUCUCAGAAGACCAGUGGUUGUCUGGGGGCAGAUGCUGUCAGAAGGGAGAUGCCAUCAUGUCCAGCUGGACCACCCUCUGAGAAAGCGGUGGUAAGCAGGGAGGGGCUGGAUGGAGAGCCUGAAAAAGAUACAGGAAAUGUGGCUCACAAACAGCUGUGGCCUGUUCAGCCUCCUCUUCAUGAAGAACAGACUACUGAGGUGGAGGAAGACUCUCUUCUGACUGCAUCUUCUCCUGGGUUUUCCUCAGACACAAUUCCCCUGGGCUCACUGGGGAAAGGAGCAGGAGACCAUGAGGCUUCAAAACACUCCUUCCUCUGCUUUAACCACAAGAUGAAUGAGCAGACACCUCCUGACCCCAUCAUGAUCAGCACAGAGAGGAAGACAUCACCACAGCUUGGGACAGACAAGUGCAACUGUCACCUGUCCUACAUCAGCUGCUUCCAUAGGCCUGAUGACAAGGGGGAACAUGAGAUCACUGUCCCCAUGUGUAGCACAUUUCUGGGGCCACUCACCACCCCACCACCCAGCAGCUGUAGUCUUCCUGGGAUCCCUGUGAGCUGUUACCCCAUGUCCAUUGGUAGGGCUGUGGCAGGGCAGGAUCCUCACAUCCAAGCCCUCAGCCAGCUGAAGGACCAAGCACAGAUGAGCCCUGCAGAUUUUUCCUGCAUCCUAGCUUACACCACAGAGCUUCAGGAGGUUGUGGAGAAGCUCUCUGGGAACCAAAGAACCCAUCUGCAAGAUCAAUGUGCAGAGCAGGGUGCUGAGAGCAAGGGUGCCCUUGGCUUAGCCUCCCGGGACCUGCUGUCCAGCUGCCAGGAGCUCCUGAAAACAGAGCAGCCCCUCAAAAAGCUGCAGGAGGUGCUGAGGGUGACAUUUGACCACCUGCUUCAACUGGCAGUGGCCUGCUUCCAGGUGACACACUGCCAGAUAUGCAGGCAAAGGCAGCCAGAGCUUGGGGCUGCACUGGUGGAUGUGGUGGGCACCUACCACCAGCUUGUGCAGGCUGUUCACCAGCAGCUUCACAGGCAAAGCUGCCCGGAUCUGGGUGCCAAGCUCCUUGCCCGCCAACACACAGCCCUCACUGCUGCCAUGUUUUGUCUCCUGCAGCAGUUCAGGGCACAACCAUUGUUGUGAUGCGGCUGUUAGGUGGCACACAAGUGCACAGGGUGGGGAAGAGCCCAGCCAUGUUCCCUCAAUCCAAUCUCAGGCUCUCUCCUGUGGGCUGUUUCACCCCACAGGACAUGCCUAUGCUUAGUGCCACCAAGAGCUGCCCGUCCUGCCUGGGGGGGCAGUCAUGGGGAUAUGCUUGCUGCCCCCCAGUCCAGCUUUAUGCAAUUCCAUGAUCUCUUUUAUAUGCAAACUUCAGUGGCUUAAGUAUCCUGCCUGGGUCUUGUCCCUCAUCUCCCAAAGACCUUGAAAGCUGCCACUCUCCAGGUGUUGUUCCAGUCCCCCUCUGUCACCUGUGGAGAAAGACAGGAGCUUUCUGGCUUGCCCUUCCUCCUGCUCUUUACUCUCCAGGUAGACUCU